AUGCACGUCCAACCCUCCUCCCCUCUGGCACGGUGUUGCCGGAAGCGCAAGCAGGCCACUACUGACCGCCAUGUCAUGAUCCUCUCUCGAUACUGCAAACACACCCAGUGUCUUUUACGAACUCGCAACCAGGUCCACAUCAUGAAGUACGCUCGUAUCAUUAUCAUGUCGAAAAUUCCUGGGGAAUGUGUGCUGGAUAUUCUGCCAUCUCUUGCGCUCGAUGACAGAAAUCUCAUCUUGGCAAAGUUGGUAGAGUUGCUUGAAUACAUUCGUCUUCGCGGUUGGAUUUUCUUUGAGCAGGAGACCGAGCAAGUCUAUUAUGAUGAGCAGACAAAGAAAGUCUAUCUGAUCGGUUUCUGUCGCGCUGUGAGAGAGUCCUUUCCUCCAGAGAGAGGCAAAGUCAUCACAUCCGAUUCGAUUGACGUCGGUGGCUUUGGUCUAGGUUGA